AUGUUAAUUUUUUGUAUCCAGUCAAUUGCCCCUCCAAUACUUCGAUUUGCUUUUAGUAAACUUUUACGAGAACAAGCUUUAUUAGCCCUCGGAUUGAAAUCAUUUUUGUUAAAAAGAGGACGUUUUAGGUUGUGGACAGUUGUAGCUUCAUUUGUUAGUAAAGGAGGUGUGGGUGGUGCUGGACAAUUGGCAGCACAAAAUGCUGCAUCGAAGAGAAAUAAUUUACAUUAA